AUGGAAAAACACUUCUCAUCGAUAAUUACAAUCGCGUGGAAAACAGAAAGUACCGCGCUAACUGAGCGUGUCAAAUGAGGUCUUUUCCGCUCCGUUCGCAACCUGUUCGUAUAGCGAGGAAGCGAGGCGCGUCGUGACUGCAGCGUGUCUUGAUUACCUCCCUGUCGUACACCUGCAAGGGAGGGUGAGAGGCCAAAAGAGAGGGAGGGGAGAAUGAGAGAGCGAGCGAGAGCGAGGGGGGACUCACUUCUCCUCCUCUUCCUCUGCAUUGCACUUGCAUCCGAGCCUCACUCCGGACAGGACACUGCUGCUCCUCCUCCUCCUCUUCUUCUUUGAUGCUGCAGUGAAGCGAGAAACGAAGACAAGUCAAUUUGGGAUGAAAAUGAGAAAAUAGCUCCUCUUCUUCUUUCUCUUUUGCAUUUUUUCGGACAAGACGCGCAAACAGGAUGACUGCCUUUCCCGUGUUUGUGAUCAUGUACGCUUUGGUGGCGCCGGCGGCGUCCAAGAGCGAGCGUGCGGUGCAGCUGCCCUGUGACUCGGGCCAGUACACAAAGGACGGCGAGUGCUGUCGCCAGUGUCCACCCGGCGAGGGCGUGGUCGGGCCGUGUGGCGCCAAGCAGACCGUCUGCGCGCAAUGUCUCGACAGCGAGACCUUCUCCGAGAACUACAGCCACACAGAGGAGUGCCACGCGUGCACCCAGUGCACGGGCCUGAUGCGCAUGGAGACGCCGUGCACCGACUCCAACGACGCCAUCUGCGUGUGCCGCUACAACUUCUACUUUGACGAACUGUCGGGACGCUGCGAGCCAUGCACGGUGUGCCCGGCAGGCGAGGGCGUUUUCGCCCACUGCGAGCAUGACCACGACACGGUGUGCGAGGAGUGCGUGGACUUUACCUUCUCGGACCGUGACAGCUCCCUGGACCCCUGCCUGCCCUGCACCAUCUGCGACGACGAGACCGAGAUCCAGUUGGCGCACUGCACGCCUGUCAGCGACUCGGUCUGUCACAGUAAGUAG